AUGGACUUGAGUAAUGAUCUGUUUAGGCAGAAAGUUCACAUUGCAUUUCAAUGUCUGAAGGAUGUGAUUCUGAGGCAUAGGAUGUUGUUGUACAUCAUUAAGGAUCUACCAAUGUUGGAAGAGGCUUCCAUUACUGAUUCAGGAAGAAGAGGGAGGCUUUCUCUUAGUGGGGAAAAACUUGCUGAGGUGAAGAAGGGAUGGGUAUCAUCAGCCAUGGAAACUGUUAAAUCAGAGAUGAAUCGUAUAGAGGUUCCAGCUAGCGUGAGUCAAUGUCACAUCCCUGUUUUGGACAUGCCAAUUUCAGGGUACGUGAUGAAGGGGGUAACUCUUGUUGUAAUGGAAAUGAAUGGUCUGCAUGAUGAAAAAGAUAGUCUUAUGAACAGUGAAGAUGAUGGUUCUGAAGAUAAAGAAGAGGCUGCAUAUACUGAAGCUGUGAUGGAGAUUCUGGAGAAGCAUAAGGACAGGAUGAAGGUGUUAUUGUAG